AUGGAUGAAAUCCUGAUAUCCUCCGACUUCCAACAAAUCGUGGAUGAUGAUCUUCGAAAGCACCUGGUUGACCCCUUGCCAACUGGAAGCAGAUUGACCGCAAUUUUCGAUUCUUGUCAUUCGGGGACCAUGCUCGAUCUUCCACACUACCGCUGCAACUCCUUUCGGGCAGAACGGCGCGAUUCACUGCCCGUCGCCCCUACUAGCCCAGAGGACGAGCUCUCCGUCAUGGCUUUGCGAACGCGCUCUACCCGCCGAGCUCGCACCGUGGCCACCGAAGCCGAACUCAAGCAGCGCGGCAAGCCCAUCGUGAAGGCGAAAUUCACCAAGUUUAAGGCGGUCGUGAGGGCGAUCAUGAUGAUGAAGUCAGCGAGAAGCCGCGUCAAGUCGUCUGCAAUCAUGCCUUACACCAAGAUCCGUCAGUCCGUGUCCGUCGCACACCCGGCUUCAGCUACCCAUAAAUGUGGUCCCCGUUGUCGAUUGGAGAUCAAGGCCGUACCCACCGUCAUAUCUAUCUCUGCUUGCGAGGAUCACCAGCGAAGUUGGGAGGUCGAUUUCGACGGAGAUGGUUCUGAGUCUAUCCACUCUGCAUCUAGCGUGUCCUCUAACGGCUCCAUGACGAAGGCUUUGAUCAAUAUUCUGGAGAACACGCCUUCCAUUUCCGUGGAGCAUAUGCACCUCAAACUAAGCGACCAUCUGUGGCAAGACGCAUUCGCCAAACAAAGAUUCGCCAUCCGCUUCAUCAAACAACAUGGCGCGAAGUAUACCAAGAAACAGAUCGAGAAGAUGAAAGAGGAUCUCGAGUUUGAUGUGCAAACGCCGCAGAUCGGGAGCCUUGCGCCCUUGCGCGGCGAUGAAAUUUUCAUCGUGGGCCGUCGCGAUGUUCGCGGUCCUUCGACCUUUGGCUUCGUGCCCCGUCUCAUCAAGAAUAUGUAGUUGAGACGGUCUAUCUCGGACACAUGGGACAAGUUUCUCUGAUUUUUGCUGCUUUUGUAUCGCUUUAUGUCUCGUACCACUUUCAUCUAUCUUCGUUGUAUACCCUAGGCUUCACUUUGACAUUGCUCUCUCAUAAUUCGCCUUAUUCCUCCAUGUUUUCUUCGUCGCUGCUCUGUAUUUCUUUCACACUCGGCAUUUCCUUCCCGUCCGGCAUUUCCUUCAUACUCGGCAUUUCUUUCAUUAUUCGGCAUUUCCUUCUCUUCCAGUAGCCCGUUCAAUUCUCUGGUUCAUUCACAAUGUUGUCAUUACUUCCUCGCACGCACACUUAUUGCAGUCUUAACCCCU